AUGAGUCUGUUUUCAGCUCUCGUUUACCCUCUGAUUUUCAUCUCAUUCUCGCUUGUUUCCAGUGAAACCAAUGUCGACCACGAAACCAAGACUUUCAUAGUCCGAGUCCAAAACAACCUUAAACCUUCAGAAUACUCCAACGUCGUAGACUGGUAUAGCUCCACUCUCCGAAGCCUCAGUUCACAUACACCAAACGAGAACGACGAUGACAUGAUUGUCCAUGUCUACAACACCGUGUUUCAUGGUUUCUCUGCUAAGCUCACAGGCGAACAAGCCCAAGAGCUAAAUCAACGGCCUGAAAUACUCGGCGUCUCUCCCGACCAGGUUCGAAAAAUCCAUACCACCAGAUCACCUGGAUUUCUCGGACUUGACACCGCAAGCAGUAUGGCAAUUAGUAAUAAUGGCUUACUCAAUGAGUCUGACUGGGGUUCGAAUGUCAUUAUCGGAGUUAUAGACUCUGGGGUGUGGCCUGAACGACGUAGUUUUGACGACGAGGGCAUGGGGCAAAUCCCAUCCCGGUGGAAAGGCAAGUGCGACGGAGGGGAGUCCUUUCCCGACACACUUUGCAACAAGAAGCUCAUCGGAGCGAGAUUCUUCAACCGCGGCCACGAGGCUCGUUUCGGUAAACAAAAGACCGAGAAGAUAUCAGCGAGAGACACUGUCGGCCACGGGACCCAUACGGCCUCGACCGCCGCCGGACGACGAGUCGAGAACGCCUCGUUCUUCGGCUAUGCCCAAGGAGUCUCCUCGGGCAUUGCACCGAAGGCAAGGCUCGCCAUAUACAAGGUCUGCUGGGCUGCGGAAGGCUGCCUCAAUUCCGACAUAAUUGCCGCCGUCGACGCUGCCGUUGACGACGGCGUCGACGUGAUCUCGAUCUCCCUCGGCAGCUCACACUUGAUGCCCUACGAUAGCGACUCAAUGGCGAUUGCCGCAUUCGGGGCGGUUCGAAACGGCGUCGUGUUCUCAGCCUCGGCCGGGAAUUCGGGCCCUGACCAAGGAACGGUUAGCAACGCCGCACCAUGGAUCACGACCGUCGGAGCAAGCACUCUCGACAGGACUUUCCCCGCGGAUAUAGUGCUUGGAGACGGUCGCGUCAUCACCGGAUUAUCUCUCUACGACGGAAAACCUUUCCCGGCAGGAAAGUACUUUCCGUUGAUUCACGCGGAAAAUGCGUCGGCAAUUGAGUCUCUAGAAGGUGCAGGCAGAAAUUACGUGACCAAACCUUUCGGUUUGUCUGGUUUUUGCAUGCCGGGGACGCUCGAUCCCAAUAUCGUGAAAGGGAAAAUUGUUGUUUGUAACGCCGGGAUGUAUCCAAGUCCCGCCAUAGGAUUAAUGGUGAAAGAGCUUGGUGGAGUUGGAGUCAUCGUCGCCGACAUGCAGGAAUCGGUAGGAGAGGGUUUAGUCGCCCAGCAGUACCUCACACCCGGGAUUUCCAUAACCGAAUCAGCUCGUGCCACACUUCUAAAUUAUCUAACUUCCUCCAGAAAGCCACGUGCCACUAUGCGCUUCCGCGGGACCCAGUUGGGGGUCAAACCAGCACCUGUAGUCGCUUUCUUCUCCUCCCGUGGGCCCAAUCUCCUCUCUCUGGAUGUGCUGAAACCGGACGUGAUCGCGCCAGGUGUCGACAUCCUAGCGGCCUGGCCAGACGAGAUCCCGCUGAGUUAUGUAACAACUGAUACGCGGCGCUCCGAGUUUAACAUUAUGUCCGGCACGUCGAUGUCCUGCCCCCACUUGUCCGGGGUGGCGGCGCUGCUGAAAGGGGCCCACCCCGAGUGGACCCCGGCUGUGAUCAAGUCCGCGAUGAUGACCACGGCCUAUACACACGAUCGCGAUCUUAAGCCGAUAAAAGAACAGGUCAAUAAUACUUUGGCUACGGUGUGGGACAUGGGCGCCGGACACGUGGAUCCGGUGAGAGCUGCUGAUCCUGGCUUGGUGUAUGAUCUAACGGAGGAUGAUUACAUCAGAUUUCUCUGCGGCAACAAUUACAGUAGCGACCAAGUUAGGGUAAUCACGCACAGGGAAGUGAACUGUCACGAAACAGAGAAAAUGUACCCUUGGGAGCUCAACUAUCCGGCGAUAGCGGUUCGUGUCAACGCAUCAAGGCCGUCCAAAGUGGAGAUUUCGGUCCCGAGGACUGUGACACACAUUAGUGAUGGUGCGGCCAUUUACACCGUAAAAAUCACCAAUCCUAAAGGCACUGUCGUUUUUGUUAGUCCUGAGAAGAUGGCGUUUGAUAAGAAGGGUGACAGAGGAAGUUACGUGGUUACCAUUUUCGCUGACAACACUAGUCCACGUGGAAGGCAUGUUAGUAGUAGUACUUUUAGUGAGUUUGGGAUGCUGACGUGGACAGAUGGGAAACGUCGGGUCGCUUCUCCUCUUUUGGUUACUUGGGUUCAUUAG